AUGCCGAAAAGAAGCCGGAAACAUCAGAACCCUGGUAUAUUGUCAAAUUCUUAUGUCCCACCAUUGGAACCUCGAGUAUUGGUAAAAGAGCUUACGAGAUUAUCCACAAAGUCUCUUUAUAAUAUUGUUGAACUAUGGCUAGCUCUUCCAGUCACACAACCAUUGCUCACGACGCGGCAAAAGAGGAAAGGGAAAACUCAGGCAGAUAUUGUUAAAAGUGCCAGGGAAAUUUUGAAGAUGCUCCAGAACACAUCGUCAUCCAAGAAAAGAAAACUAAUAGACAGAAUCAUGGUUGAUUUUUAUCCAAAUGGCUUAAACACACUUCAACUUGCACAAUUGGAUAUACAGUUGAUGAUAGAGAAGCCCAGGUUAUACAGCUGGGUUUAUUCCACCGCCAAAAUUGCCAAGCAGACUCAAUCUGGCGACGAAUUAAAGGAUUCAUUACAGGAUUUCAUAUUGUCAUUAGACGCACAAUCAUUUCUUGAUCACAUCAUCAAGAAUCUAUCAAACCUUUAUCUUACACACAUAUACAUCUCAAGACAUCCUGAACUUCCACUGAUAAUCAUCCGAAUACAAAUGUACGAGUACACACAUCGAAAACACCACAAACGAGCACAAACAAUCACUCAUCAUGGUAAGCGAAAGAACCCUGAUAUCAUAUCGAGAAAGCCAUACUACUUGGCAAUACCAACAAGCUCGCCAAAUAUUAUACACUCAGCUUCAAAUGAAGACGAUCUAGCUUCGAAGCUAAUUCUUCAGGCUGUCGAAAUAACACUCUCAACAAGCUUCCGCCAGGUUCGGUUGAUGAAAAACAAAAAUCCUCCUGUCAAGACUCUCGAAGCAAUGAAUAUAUUGACCGGAGUAUCCCGCCAUGGAAAUAUGCUGGGAAGCUGGGCACCAUAUGCCGAUGGAAUUGUUGAUAUCGGACCAUUAGGUGAGAUUGAGGAUCAUAUUCUUCUCAAUCCGGGCAUUACAGGAAGUUAUGACGGCAAAGAAGCAUCUGAAAGGGAGAACCGUAAAACAAUUGCUGCACUCCGCUUCAAGGGAACAACAGGAAGUGCUCCAAAUGAAAAAUCAUACUCAGGGAAAAAAAAUAAACCUGACACAGUUAAUGAUGAAGACAAAUCUGAAGAUGAUACAGAAAAAAACGAAUAUGCCUCGGUGGUUCCUUUACAAACAGGUGAAUUCUUUAUUCAAAACACAUUGAAGAAAAAGAACAAUUCCGAAAUGCCUCCAAGUGUCAGGCUUCGACUUUUUGGGAAUGAUAUCUUUGCCGGAUUGCACGAGUUGGCAGUAGAAGGAGUAAUAGACCCAGUUAAAAUACCGAGCUGGCUUACAGGAGAAGAAGGACUAAACCGUGGCAUCAUAAGCAAAGGUCAGUUUACAAAAAUCGAGUAG